AUGUCUGGUCAGAACGGUCAAGGUGCUACUGCCGCCUGGGACGCGAAACCUGGACCAAUUCGUUGGCCACGCGACUCAACUAACAACGCCGUUAUCCCAUACUGCUUCACACAGGAGUGGGAUUGCCACAAUAGCCGUCACAUCACUGAGAGUGGUAUGGCAAAAUGGUAUCUUGGCGGCCCUGCGGGCGGCCCUGCGGGCAAAGAGUCUGGUCACGCGAUCAGUUUCAAAGAGCGUCUGGAUAGCGAUGGAAAGCCAAUGUACUGUGCAACCAUCAAGAAAUACCGAGACGGCUGGAACGCGGGUUUAUCCCACGAUACAGUUGCAAUCGAGUUCACCGAUGAUGCUGACUGGGGCGGCGCUGUUGGCCUGACGCAAAACGGCGAUCCCUGGCAGAAUCUUGUCAGGCUCGCUGAUGGCUUUACGCUUAGUGCUGUUCUGCACGAGCUUGCUCAUGUACUAGGCAUGGCGCAUGAGCGCAACCGCAACGAUCGCGACACCUAUAUCAGAUGCCGGCACCGCGCCCGCCAAAAGGAAGGCGACCGCAUCACCGAAGACGGCCUCUCCCUAUCCAUGUAUCGCGCUCUAAAGUACCAAUGCACUUGUGUCGCCUUUAUCGAGAACUUUGUCGAGCCCGGCUGGCCCAUCAAAGCCGCCUCCGGCUACGACCUCGCGAGCAUCAUGCACUAUCCUAGCUGCAACGGCUAUGCAAAGCCAGAGUGCAAUGAUAAUGGUGUAGACUGUCCUAUUCAGGCUUGUCUCGACUGGAACGACCACGGCGAGGGACUUGGGCUGUUGGAACGCGCUACGAAGCCGAGCGAGAUGGAUAUUCAAUGGGUUAAGCAGAAUCACCCUUGGAAUGUGGAUGGUUGA